AUGAGUUUGAGAUUCGAUCUUGAAACCCUUCCGUUUCCUGCCGACGUAUCGGUCCUCAAGGCUACGUCAGACCCAGCGUUUUGUCCCACAUGUGCCAAUUUGAAUACCGUGUCAGCCUUCGCUAUGGUGCCGUGCACCACGAUUAUGAUGAAUCUGGCGAGUUCAAUCAGGAAAGUUGACAGAGCGAGGCGACUUCUAUCCGGAAUCGAAUCACAGUCCAUUUCUGCAACAGAAAAGUUGGUAUCUUGGGAGCUUCAAAUAAGUCUGGCUGAUCUCAAAAAUUCAUCAGCGGCCGGCUGUAUCACCUGUUUACUCUUGAAAGAGGUGGUCACCAACGUCCCGAAUGGGCAUUUUGAUUGGGAUGAUCCAGCACUGUACAUUGUGGUUGUCUUUUGCGAAAAGACUGUUCUCCGCAUCUCUGUUGCGCGAGAUCGGGAUCAUUAUGCGACAGAUACUUGGGACUUUGGCAUGUCUUACAAACUCUUGAUUGAUGAGCCAGACAUGGAGGACUAUCAGGUCUAUACUCUUCCUACUUCUCCCUGUCCAUGGCCUGCCCUCGGCUGCCUCAUGAAUGUCGAAUUACCCAAGUCUAGCAAUCCCACAAGGUUGGGUGGGCUAGCUGGCCAUAUUUCAUCCGACCCUACUUCACUCGUGUUCAUCGAGAAAGUCCGAAAGUGGAUAAGUAAUUGCAAGGAAAAUCAUGCCAUCUGUAUCGAUGCAGAGAAACCCACUUGUCAACCUCAGCUCCCUGAGAGAAUUAUCAGCCUUGGCCCAGAGUCAAAUAUGGACAUCCGGUUGAUGGAGGCAUAUGGUUUACCACAAGAGCCGUAUAUUGUACUACAUGAUCAACAAGAAGAGAGAAGCUUCUCAAGCCUUUCUGAAUGCCAAGUUCUAGAAGAAGACUCGGUUGAGUUACGGUAUGAUACCCUGCCCCGGGACUUUCAGGACGCUAUUUUAGUGUGCCGGAAGUUGAGUAUUAAAUAUCUCUGGAUAAAUGCUCUUUGCAAGAACCACGAUGAUGACGACGACUGGGAAAUCGAAUCAGAAAAGAAGGCUAUGGCAUAUAGUAAUGCAGAAUUGGUUCUUAUAUUUACGGAGUUGCUUGAGGGUAAUGAUGGUUUUCUUUCCUCCAGAAAAUCUCCAACCAUCAUUUCUGGGACAUGGCCUGAUGGAAGACCAUUUGAAAUAUAUGCUCGACCCUGGCUUUUUCACGACCCAGAUACGAUGGACUGGCUAACGGGAAAGCCGACCCGCUAUGGGAGUCGAACUGAGAGUUUCCAAGAGCAACUUCUGCCUCGACGUAGGCUUCUGUUCACUAAAGGCGAGGCCAUCUUCGACUGUUUAACCUCCAUUAGUUGUGAAUGUGGGGGCUUCUUGGACUCUGACGAGGAUCCAUGUCUUCCGUUACGACGUAUUCUGAAGACUGGCGCAAAGUAUAUUACCGAGACGGAUGGGUCGUGGAUCUAUCAUGAGCAUUGGCGAAAUCUGGUGGCCAAAUUAUCCCAACUGAAAACAAGGAAUUCGCCGUGUGAGCUUGCAGCAAUCAGCCACUUAGCCUCCAGAUGGGCAAAUGGAUAUACCGGCAGAUACCUAGCUGGACUUUGGGAACAUGACUUGGUCAAUUAUUUGCGGUGGUAUCCAAUCGACGAAGUACCUGGUGAAGAGCCUGAGGGAUGCCAAGUACCAUCUUGCCUUGGUCCUAGUUGGAGCUGGACCGCCACUUCCCGGAAGAUCACAUGGGGUAGCGCAACAUUUCAAAACACCAAAGCUUUCAUUACUAUCGAUUUAAGCCGGACUGAAUGCGACGUCAGUUCUGUGAGCCCAUUUGGGCCGGCGACUUCAGGCCACAUCUUCCUCACUGGAAAGAUACUCAAAGUUGGAGUUAUGGAUUCGAGGCGCUUGUUCAAGGACGGAAUUGAUCAACAUGUGGGCUUUCGAUCACAAGAAACCCCCCAAGGCCACCUCCCUUUGCCCCAGAACGUGUUUUGUCUUCGUCUCUGUACCAAGAGUUAUACAGCCAAUAGCUUCGAUGAUGAUUGCGCCCUCAUACUUGUCCCUGCAACUGCAGACGACUUGAUCGGACAACGCAGAGAAGUGCAAGUAAGCAGGCAUGUUUUCAAGCGGUUUGGUUUAACCAAUACAUAUCCGCAUAAAGCUUGGAAUCACGAGAGGGAAGCCAGCGAAGUUGCGAUGUAUUUAAUUUGA